GGGUGAGGGGUAAGUAAUCUGAGAAAACUGCAGGAUGCGGGGCGCGCGGGGCACCUCGCUGGCGGCAGGCUUGUUGCUGGCACCCGUGGGCCGCCUUUAAACAUAACCCCCAGCAAGUUAGGCCAACCGCAGACAUGCGUAAUAUCACGAUCAGAGCUCCCCCCCUACUUGAGCAGGGCACUCCGUUGUGCGUGCCCCGUCUCAGCGCAUGCUCCGGCCCGCCCUCAGCACGGAAACGAUCGCUCCACGACUGGGGCUCAGGCGUGGAGGAGGAGGAGGACGAGGAGGAGAAGGCGAGGGAGGAGGAGGAGGACGAGGAGGACGAGGAGGAGGAGGAGGAGGAGGAGGAGCACGCGGAGGAGGAGGAGGAGCACGGUGCUCAGGCGUGCUGUGCAGAGGCACCGUCGGCCUGCUCGCCCCCGCCGACGAGCUGGAAGCCGCGGCGGCGCCGGCAGAGCACCGCCGCCGCUGCGGCGGCCACAGCUCCCGCGGAGAGCAUCGCCAGGGAGCCUCCGAGGGCGAGCCUUGGCGCGCCGACGUUGCUGUCGGCGUCGGCCACGACGUACAGGCGGCCCGGGUUCACCGAGACGUUCUUGAGGUCCUCGGGCACCCAUCGCAUGGUCGAUGAGGCCAUCCUUCAUGCCGUUUAGCUCGGACUCGUGCUCGGCGAAGAAGUUCGUGGUCAGGUCCCCUGCGAGGGAGGCCAGCCCCCCGAGGUCGAUCGAGCCGUUCGUGAGGUUGUCGAGCUUCUCGGUCAGCUCCUGGAUGCACUCCGCAGUGAGAUUCUCAUUGCUGUCCCCCUCCUCUGAGGAGUAUCGGUCGAGGAUCUCUGUCUCACAGUCCCUGCCUUGGAUCUGCGUAUCGUUACCAAUUAAUUUCUCGCACUCCUCCUUCGCUUUCUGCGCCAAGGUUUCCUUUACGCCAUCGAAGAACUCGCCUGACUUGAACCCGCAGGCAUGUUCGAUUAUGGCGUUGAUGCCCUCCUCGAAGCAACCCUGCAAAGUCAUGGCGGUGAUGAGGCCACCAACCAUCCCAGAGAGAACACGGGGACGGAGAAGAGCCAUCGAACUUCAAACUGAGGGCCCUUGAUUUUCACGUCACAGCCUGCGAGACGGCUAACCAGGACUCGAUUGGAAGCCUUGAGCCAAA